GUUCAGCAUGAGAAAGCGCAGAGAAAGAGCUCAGAGAAAGAGAGAGAGAGACAGACGGACAGAAAGACAGAGGACAGCAUUAUUUUUUUUGGACUAAUAAAGGAUUGUGCUGGGAUACGCCACCGGAAUGAAGUCACCAAAGAUAAAGUCUCAGAAUAAAUCUUUCCUGGAGGAGGACGACGACCUGAACGCGGUGCUGUGCGAGUUCGACGCCGUCAUCGAGGACUUCACUUCGCCCUUCGAGAAGAGACACUUCCGAUACGACGAGCAUCUAAAGACGAUGAAGCGGCGAAGCAGCGCGAGCGUUAGCGACAGUGGCAUCAGCGACUCAGACAGUGCAGAGUCUCUCAACAGAAACAGCUUCAGCUUCAGUGAUGAGAGGCUCAACUCUCCUGUGUUCUCAUCUUCACCUAUCAGCCCUUCAGUCGUGUCACCCAAACCUAAACUUGGUGAUACAAAGGAACUGGAAGACUUCAUUGCAGACCUUGAUAAGACAUUAGCAAGCAUGUGACCUGGAGUUAGUUACCAAGGAAGAGCAAGUGGAAAGCAGGCCUCCCUGGACUGGCACUGUCGUGAGCCAACAUGAUGAUGAAACUCAUGAAGACAUCUCACUGUUUCAUUCAUAAACACCUACACUCUAAGGACUCAUUGUGUUUCCUUUGGAAAACUUGAUCUGGAAGAAUAUUUAAAUGGCUUUUUAUAAGAAUUAUUAUUUGUAAUUGUAUAGAAGGUGGUUACUGUAAAUUUUAUCAGUCUUUUGUGAAUAUAUAUUUUUGUAUUUUUAUGUAAAUAGUUAUUGCGUCAAAAGUCUAUUGCCUUAUUAUGAGAAGCUUUUACAUUUUUAAUAUUUCAUUAUUAAUUGAACUUAACACAAAAUGCACACUUAAUUCACUAGAAAACUGGAAAACAUUAUUAAGUGUACUUAAUACAACUACCUGACAUUAAAACUGUGACUUUAA